AUGUCCUCAAGCUCCUGCCGCGGAUUUGCGACCAUGGCCAUCCGUCUGGCGCUCGUGGCGGUGGUGACCGCCGGCCUGGGAUGCUGCUUCCUGGCGCCCCAGGCACCUGCCGGAGCCCCGCGCGGCCUCAGCGCGCCGACCCUCGGUGCCCAGAUGCCGGAGGCCGAGACGGACGGCUUCGCCAGCGGCUGGGCGCCGCUGCUGAGCUUGGGGGCCGCCCUGGGCAUGCUCUUUGGACUGGCGGUGCAACCGGCCAAGGCCAUCACUGCUGAGCAGUUCAGCCAGCUCACCUACAAUCAGGUCAGGGGCUCUGGCUUGGCGAACCGCUGCCCCACCGUGGAGUCCAACGGAUCUGAGGUGCCGGUGAAGAGCGGCUCCCGGCUCAUCAACGUGUGCUUCGAGCCCAAGUCCUUUGCAGUGGAGUUCGAGACUGACAAGGGCAAGGAGUUCGCCACCACCAAGCUGACCACUCGCCAGACCUACAGCCUGGCUUUCGUUGAGGGCAGCCUGGAUCCCAACCCCAUCACCUUCAAGGAGCAGGAUGGCAUGGACUUCGCAGCCACGACUGUGAAGCUGCCGGAUGGCCAGUACGUGCCUUUCCUGUUCACCGUCAAGGAGCUGGUGGCCAAGGGUGAGGGCAGCUCCUUCAAGCCUGGCUUCACUUGGGGUGGUGAGUUCAGCGUGCCCUCGUACCGCACUGGUGGUUUCCUUGACCCUAAGGCCCGCGGCAUGUACUUGGGCUACGAUCAGGCGGUGGCCCUGCCUGCCAUGCAGGCUGAUGGCAAGGGCGGUCAGGAGGACCUCUUCAAGGAGACCAACAAGGUCUUUGACCUGGGCAAAGGCGCUAUCGAGAUGGAGGUGAACAAGGUGAACCAAGAGCUGGGAGAGAUUGGCGGGGUCUUCGUCUCCAAGCAGCCCUCCGACACGGACAUGGGCGCCAAAGCUCCCAGGACGAUCCUCCUGAAGGGCAUUUUCUAUGGCAAGGUGGUGAACGCCUAAAGUUUUUGAUCUCAGCGCAGCCUCGUGCUUGCAGAAGCUGGAAAGCAUCAUUGGCUUGCAG